AUGGAGAAUGAAACGUUUGACCACAAACAGAGACAACUAAUAUCGUCUUUCAUCAAUAUAACCGCAUGUCAGAAUGAGGAAAUCGCAAUCCACUUCCUUGAAGCAACAAUGUGGAAACUGGAUGAUGCCAUUAACCUCUUUCUCAUCUCUUAUCAUCAAUCUCCGUGUUGUCAAGAUGCUUUCAUGUGUCCAACUUCGGUCGCAGUAUGUCCUGAAGAUGUCUGGGACGACUCGACACCAGAAAAACCGUCAGAUUCUAGGUUAUCUUCCUUGUACCGUCCUCCUCUGGAUCUGCUUUUCAAUGGUUCCUUUGAAGAGGCAAAAUCAACUUCCUCUAGAGAGGAUCUCUGGUUGCUCGUAAACCUCCAAUCAACUACAGAGUUUGCUUCUCACACUCUUAACCGAGAUGUAUGGUCAAACGAUGCCGUGUCUCAAGCCAUCGGCGGUAUGAUUGAAGCUCAUGGUUUUCUCGAGGAUCUGAUGAAGUACAGGGAUGUUGGUCCUCACGAACACGUUGCAUCUCUGACAAGCAACAAACGUAUCAAAACAGAGAAGAUUUGCUUUGAAAGCAGCCAGGCUGACGACGACCAUCAUGGCAUGUCUACGUUUUGGGAAGAUGAUCGCUUUGUGACUCCUCCUCCUUCUUGGGGUAUUGAAUUUGAAGAGACUUGUCUGUCAAGCGAUGACAUGUUUGAGUUCCCGGUAUUGACAGAAGAGCCAAAAGGAGACUGUGAUCGAAGCCUUUUAUGCAGUCUGUGCAUUCGAUUUCCAGAUGGGAGAAGAAUGCAGAGGAAGUUUCUCAAGAGCGAACCGAUUCAGCUUCUCUGGUCUUUCUGUUAUUCUAACAUGGAGGAAUCAGAGAAAAGAGCGUUCAAGCUUGUGCAGGCGAUUCCUGGUGCUACUAAGACUCUAGAUUAUGGAGCUAAAGCCACGUUUGAUCAAUCUGGGAUUGAUAAUUCGAUAGUCUCGGUUACUUGGGAGUGA